UUCAAUUUAGUAAGCUCUGCUUUCUACACAUUAUUCAAAAAUUAUAGUUUUCCAAUUUUUAGUUUUAUUCUGAAAUAUAGCGUUGGCAGGUUAAUGGUGGCAGCUGCUUCAGCAUGAUCCGAGUGCGGAAUAUAGCCCAUCCAGUAAUCAGACAGUUUAUUUUGCGCACCGCUGUCGUUAAUUAUCUGGGAAAGUGUUUGCAGCAGCAGUGGGACGAUUGGCAGAAUCAGCGUAUGCAUAUGCGGACCCUGCAGCUCGACAAUGCCGAGACAUCACAGAAGUCGGAGGAAACCGCCCAGGAGGUACUCUGCCAGUUGAUUGAGAUACUGCGUCUCAAAGUGCAUGCCUCUCACAAACUGCUGCGACGUGAAUAUCAAGAAUUAUUCACCUAUAUGAUGGACAAGCGAGAAUUGUGGGACAGUCCGGAGUACUUUAAGGCCAAAUCAGCCUUGAGCACAGCCAAUCACCAUUUGCGUAUCUAUGUCACUUCUGAGGACAUUCAUUAGGGUAUGAGGAUGAAGAGUUGCCGUUGCCCACCAACAAAAAAAAAAAAAUAAAAAAAAGGAUCUAAUUUUCUAUUAAAACCAUACCAUAAAUUUUCAGUUCAUCAUAAAA